CGUACUAGUUACUCAAACACAAAGGUCCAAUGCUAUAUAACAACUCCCACAACAAUUAGGGUUUUUUUCAACCCCUUCUUCUUCCCCAUUUCACUUCCAUCAUCAAAUUCUCUUCGUACACUCACAAAUUCACGAGUCCACUCUCACCCGAUCGGUCUGAAUUGCAUCAAAUCACUCAAUUCCAGCAUCAAUUUCUCCAAUUAGGCUCGUCAAUUUCUCCAAUUUGUGGAAUUUCAUGAUGAUUAGGGUUAGGGAUCAUUGUUUCUUCGAUCGUCGGUGAUCGUUGUAUGGAAACUCGUGGCCGGAAGAGGGCGGAGGCCACCUCAUCAGCCCAUUCGUCCAAACGUCGUCGUUCUACAUCCGUCGCUGCUUCAAACGCCGUCGUUUCAUCGGUAUCUACUCGUUCACGUUCUUCUAAUAUGGAUAAUAAUAUCAAUGAAUCGUCCGGGUCCGGGUCGGGUCGAGGCCGGCGUGGUAGGAAGAAUAGUAAUAAUAAUCAGAGUUUGGGAUUAGAUAGAGAUAAUAAUAAUAUGGAUAAAGGAAAAGAGAAAGAACAUGAAGUUAGGGCUAAUGAGAGAGAUAAUAUUAACAUAGAGAAUAAUUUGGGAUUGAAUAUAGAUGAUGAUGAUGAUGAUGAUGAGGAGGAGGAUGAGGAUGAUGAUAGUGAUGGGGGAGGUGUGGGGAUUUUGCACCAGAAUUUAACGUCUGCUAGUAGCGCGCUUCAGGGUUUGUUAAGGAAGUUAGGUGCAGGGUUGGAUGAUCUGCUUCCUUCGUCGGCGAUGGCGGCGUCGUCGUCGCAUCAGAGUGGGCGGUUGAAGAAGAUUUUGUCGGGGUUGAGGGCGGAUGGAGAAGAAGGAAAGCAGGUUGAGGCGUUGACGCAGUUAUGUGAGAUGCUUUCGAUUGGGACGGAGGAUUCACUUAGUACGUUUUCGGUGGAUUCUUUUGUGCCUGUGCUUGUUGGGUUGCUUAAUCAUGAGAGCAAUCCGGAUAUUAUGCUGCUUGCUGCUAGGGCGCUGACGCAUUUAUGCGAUGUGUUGCCGUCUUCGUGUGCUGCUGUCGUGCAUUAUGGUGCUGUUUCGUGCUUUGUUGCUAGAUUGCUUACCAUUGAGUACAUGGACUUGGCUGAACAGUCCUUGCAAGCUCUUAAGAAGAUAUCUCAAGAGCACCCGACUGCCUGCUUGCGAGCAGGGGCUCUAAUGGCAGUGCUUUCUUAUCUUGACUUCUUUUCAACAGGAGUCCAGCGUGUGGCAUUAUCUACUGCUGCGAACAUGUGCAAGAAACUUCCAUCUGAUGCAGCUGAUUUUGUAAUGGAUGCUGUUCCCUUAUUGACUAAUCUUCUUCAGUACCAUGAUGCUAAGGUUUUGGAGCAUGCUUCAGUUUGUUUGACACGAAUUGCGGAGGCGUUUGCAGCAUCACCUGAUCAGUUAGACAAGCUUUGUAUGCAUGGAUUGGUUAAACAAGCAGCCUCUCUCAUUUCAACUAGCUGUUCUGGAGGCGGACAAGCAUCCCUCAGCACAUCUACAUAUACGGGCUUAAUCCGAUUGCUAUCUACAUGUGCAAGUGGCUCUCCGUUAGGGUCUAAAACUUUGCUCCUUCUCGGGAUCAGUGGGAUUCUCAAAGACAUAUUAUCAGGUUCUGGUCUCGUUGCAACGAUGUCUGUGUCACCUGCGUUGAGUAGACCACCGGAGCAGAUUUUUGAGAUUGUGAAUUUGGCAAAUGAGCUUCUUCCACCAUUGUCCAAUGAAAUCAUUACUCUUCCUACCAGUAGUAACGUGUUUGUCAAAGGGUCCCUUUUGAAGAAACCAAUCGCUGCAAGUUGUAGCAAGCAAGAAGAAUCGAGUGGCGAUGCACUUGAGGUAUCGGCUCGUGAGAAGUUGUUAAACGAUCAGCCUGAGCUUCUGCAGCAGUUUGGGAUGGACCUUCUUCCUGUUUUGAUUCAGAUAUACGGGUCAAGUGUAAACGCACCUGUGCGUCACAAAUGCCUUUCAGUUAUUGGGAAGUUAAUGUACUUCAGUAGUGCCGAUAUGAUUCAAUCUCUACUUGGUUUGGCAAACAUAUCUAGUUUCUUGGCUGGGGUUUUGGCAUGGAAGGAUCCACAAGUGUUGGUACCCUCGCUUCAAAUUGCGGAGAUACUAAUGGAGAAACUUCCUGAGACUUUCAGUAAGAUGUUUGUGAGAGAAGGUGUGGUUCAUGCAAUAGAUAUUCUCGCUGGGUCAUCAUCCUCGUCAUCGUCGUCAUUGUCUGUGACCGGUAAUGCUCUUUCUCUGCCAUUAUCAAGUGAGAAGGUUAAUGAUUCUAUACCUGGAUCAUCGUCUUUACGCUCGAGGCGUUACCGACGUCACGUUGGUUCAGAUGUAAAUACUGCUGAAGAUUUGAAAAACUCGGACUCUCUAGCAGAUAUGCCAGCUGUUAGUUCUAGUCUUCGGAUGGCGGUUAGUACACGUGCAAAAGCAUUCAAGGAUAAGUACUUUAAUUCCGAGCCCGGUGCUACCGUUGAAGUUGGGGUUACAGAUGAUCUCAUACAUUUAAAAAAUCUUUGUAAGAAGUUGGGUGCUGGUUUUGAUGAUCAGAAGGCCAAGUCAAAGGGGAAGUCAAAAGCAUCUGGUCUUCGGUUUGCUGAAUUUUCACCUGGAAAAGAAGAAAACUUGUUAGGAGUGGUAACCGAAAUGCUAUUAGAGCUAACGAAAGAUGACGGAGUUUCCACAUUUGAGUUCAUUGGCAGUGGCGUUGUUGAUGCGUUACUAAACUACUUCUCUUGCGGGCACUUCUCAAAAGAACGAGUGUCAGAAGUGAAUUUGCCUAAGCUACGACAGCUAGCGAGUAAAAGAUACACGUCGUUUAUUCAGGUUGCACUUCCGUUAACUGUUGAUGAGGGCAAACAAGCUCCGAUGAGUGUUCUUGUUCAGAAGCUUCAAUAUGCUUUGACGUCUUUAGAACGUUUCCCGGUGGUUUUGAGCCACAGUUCUAGAUCAUCAACUGGAACUGCACGGCUCUCUUCUGGUCUUGGCGCGUUAUCUCAGCCAUUUAAAUUGCGGCUUUGUAGAGCACAUGGUGAAAAGUCCCUUCGUGAUUAUUCUUCAAAUGUUGUUCUCAUUGAUCCUUUGGCCAGCUUGGCAGCUGUAGAGGACUUCCUUUGGCCCCGUGUUCAGCGUAGCGAGUCUGGCCAGAAACCUUCGGCAUAUGUUGGGAACUUAGACUCUGGAACUGCACCUGCUCCUGCUACUGCUACUGGUACACGUCAUCACUCGACGAGAUCUAGGUCAUCGGUUAAUAUAGGUGACUCGGCCAACAAAAAGGAGACAUCACAAGGGAAAAAUGCAAGCGCUUCAAAAGGGAAGGGAAAAGCUGUAUUGAAGCAAGGUCAAGAUGAGGGUAGAGGAGGACCACAGACUAGAAACGCUGCUCGUAGGAAGGCUUCGUUGGAUAAAGAUGCACAGAUGAAAUCUGUAGAUGGGGAUUCUACUUCUGAGGAUGAGGACUUUGACAUAUCACCUGCUGAGAUCGAUGAUGUAUUGGUGAUUGAAGAUGAUGACGUUUCGGAGGAUGACGAAGAUCAUGACGAUGUACUAAGGGAUGAUUCUCUUCCCGAUUGCAUGCCAGACAAAGUUCAUGAUGUAAAGUUGGGUGAGGAAAGACCCAAUGAUAGCCAGACGAACCACCCGGCUAGUGGUUCUAGCAGCAGAGGUACUGCUGUUCCUGGUUCAGACUCAUUGGGUUCAAGGGGCGCCAUGUCGUUUGCCGCUGCCACCAUGGCUGGGCUUUCAUCAGCAAAUGGGGGUAGAGACCGCCAUGGGCGGCCCCUCGUCGGGUCUCCCAGGCUUGUAUUCUCGUCAGGCGGGAAGCAACUAAACCGGAAUCUAACAAUCUAUCAAGCUGUUCAGAGACAGCUUGUCUUGGAUGAGGAUGAUGAUAACGGAACUGAUUUUGUAUCUAGUGAUGGUAGCAGAUUAUGGGGUGAUAUUUAUACUGUCACAUACCAAAGAGCAGACAACCAAACAGUCGGAACUGUUACACCAUCCAAAUCUACUACUACUAGUACUAAAGCAGCCUCAAACAUGAACUCGAAAAGUGGUGAUCCACUGAUCCAUCCAAUGUCUCUUCUAGACAGCAUUUUGCAAGGAGAGCUUCCAUGCGAUUUGGAAAAGAACAAUCCUACUUACAACAUAUUAUCUCUGUUACGUGUAUUAGAGGGUUUAAACCAGUUGGCCCCACGUUUGCGUGUACAGACUGCCACCGACGGUUUUGCUCAAGGAAAAGUUUCUAGUCUAGACGACCUGAAUGUUACUGGCGGUGGCGUUAAAGUCCCUUGCGACGAGUUUAUAAAUAGCAAAUUAACUCCCAAGUUGUCUAGACAAAUUCAAGAUGCUCUUGCGCUUUGCAGUGGUAGUCUCCCAUCAUGGUGUUAUCAGCUGACAAAAGCAUGCCCGUUUUUGUUUCCAUUUGAAAUUAGGCGUCAGUAUUUUUACUCAACUGCCUUCGGUCUGUCUCGCGCGUUAAACCGGCUCCAACAGCAGCAGGGUACAGAGGGCCAUGGAUCUUUGAGUGAGCGCGAAUUUAGGGUCGGAAGGUUACAACGACAGAAAGUCCGUGUUUCACGAAACCGUAUUUUGGAGUCUGCUGCAAAAGUCAUGGAGAUGUAUUCUAGCCAAAAGGCGGUUCUUGAAGUUGAGUAUUUUGGUGAAGUUGGCACUGGUUUGGGCCCCACGUUGGAGUUCUAUACUCUAUUAAGUCAUGAUCUUCAAAAAGCAGGACUGAGAAUGUGGAGAUGUAAUUCCCCAGAAUCAGUGGACCUUGUUUUAGCACCUCUCGGGUUGUUCCCGCGUCCUUGGCCUCUUACCAUUGAUGCUUCCGAUGGGAGCCAGUUUUUCAAGAUAACCGAGCAUUUCCGUCUUCUUGGUCGUGUGAUGGCCAAAGCGCUUCAAGAUGGGAGGCUUUUAGACCUUCCACUUUCACCGGCUUUCUAUAAACUUCUGCUUGGACAGGAACUUGAUUUACAUGACGUUUCCUUGUUUGACGGUGAAUUCGGUAAGACAUUGCAAGAGUUGCAAGCUCUUGUUUGCCGGAAACAGUAUCUAGAGUCGAUACAUGACCAAGAUGAGAUACUAAACUUAAAGUUUAGGGGGGCGCCAGUUGAAGAUCUUUGCUUGGACUUCACACUUCCUGGCUAUCCUGAUUUUGUUCUCAAAACAGGCGAUGACAAUGUUGAUUUAAACAAUUUGGAGGAGUAUAUUUCUCUGGUAGUUGAUGCUACUGUCAAGACUGGUAUCGCUCGGCAAAUGGAAGCAUUUAGAGCUGGUUUUAAUCAGGUUUUUGACAUUUCGGCUCUACAAGUAUUUUCUCCAAGUGAGUUGGAUUAUUUACUUUGUGGUCGUGGAGAGUUGUGGGAGGCUGAUACGCUUGUUGAACACAUAAAAUUUGAUCAUGGAUACACCUCCAAGAGCCCUGCAGUAGUUAAUUUACUUGAGAUAAUGGGAGAGUUCAAUCCGGAACAGCAACGCGCUUUCUGCCAAUUUGUGACCGGCGCACCUCGGCUUCCUCCCGGUGGUUUGGCCGUAUUGAAUCCUAAGUUAACAAUUGUGAGAAAGCAUUCGUCAACAGUCAACAACACGGCCUCCCAUGCGGCUGGAUUGUCGGAAUCUGCAGAUGAUGAUUUGCCAAGUGUGAUGACAUGUGCUAAUUACCUAAAGCUUCCUCAAUAUUCCACCAAGGAAAUCAUGUACAAGAAACUUCUAUACGCCAUUAGCGAAGGACAGGGAUCGUUUGAUUUGUCAUGAGUUUUCAAUUUAAACUAACCAAAAUGUGUAUAUUUAUCCAAAACUCCUUUGAUAAAUGGUGCAUAAUUGGGGCCUAAUAAAGUUCAAGUUUCACCGACUGCAUGGUUAUGAUCAAGAUGCGGAACGGAAAUGAUUGGUUCAAGAAGGCUUUAUGAGGAUGAACAAACUUGUCGGGCUGUUACUUUUUUUAAUUUUCUACAAAGGAUUUGUAAAUAAAUAGUGGAAUGAUGUACACUGUAGUUUGCUUUUACCUACUUGAAAUUUUGUCUAUGCAACUUAUUUUGAAUAUGUACUUUGUUUUUUUGGUGGGUUUUAUGCAUUUUUUUGAUUUUUUAA